CUCAGUUGCCCAGUCUGGGCUCACCUUUGACAGAUCAGACUGUUGCCAGAAUCAUGAAUGGAGACAGCUCCUUUGCAAAGGGACCUGGGAAAAAUACUCUGAAAUCAGAGAAGAUAAAUAAGGUCUUUGAGGAAAUUUCCAACUACUUUUCUGAGAGCCAGUGGGAAAAGCUGAGCUAUUCGGACAAAAUCACCUGGGUGUAUUUGAAAAGAAACUACAUCACCAUGUCUAGUCUAGGUCUCAGAGCCUUUCUGCCGACUUUCAGGAACAACCAGAAAAAGGACAAUUCAACCCCUAAGGAUAAUUCUGGUGAAACUUCCAGCCAUGGGACUAAAGUUGAACCUGAGACGACUGGAACAUGUCCAAAGGAGCCAAAAAACAAAGGUAAUGAUCAGAAGAUAGUGGCAGGAGCACCUGAAGAACAGGCUGGGAGAGUGAAAAGCCGCCCAGAAGAAGCAAGCACCUCUGGGAAGAAAAAUCCGAACAUACCAGAUUUCAAGAGAGGGGACAAUGUCUGGAGCCACCGGCUGCAUGAACGGAAGAAUUUUGUGGUGUAUGAAGAGAUCAGCGAGCCCGAGGAGGAAGAAGACAACUAAGUCUACUCAGGGAUGUCCGUGAAGAGAAAACCUGGUGGCUUUUGGCAAUCAGCAAUCACGGACAUGGCUGUAAACUCCUGGCCACCAGGUUUACGGGAAGUGAAAAGAAGAGUUCACAGCAGAUAAAAAUUAAGCUUGGUCUUACUAUGUGCCAAGCAUUCUGUUAGCACUGUUCUUACUGUUUGAUAAGCAUUGUUAGCACUACUUUUACUGUGUGAUAGGCCCUCUGUUAGACAUUAACAUUUUAGUUUAGUUUUUAUAUUAGAUGUUAUCAAGUAACACAUAUACCUCAUGCAUAUUUCUGUCUGUGUGCCCAUGCAUCUAUUUAAAGCAAAAGUAUUGUCUGAUCUUCUCUGUGCUACCCAUCGCUCGCUAAAGAUGUGACUACCAAGGGUAGUUCUAGGUGCUUAAUUCCAGAUUAUUCUCUGCAUGUACACAAGCCCAUGGGGUACCCCUGUGAAUACCUGUUAUCUGUCUGCUUUGCUCAUUAAACUAAGGUGAAUGGAGAAGUCUUGGCUUUCAUUUACCUUGUAUCGGUUAUUGACAAUAAAUA